AUGGGAAGGUGUCAAGGCCUCUCAACGUUCCUCCCAACUCAACCUUCACCUCCACCUCGCGUCCGAUCUGCUGCCGCUCUCCGCAUCUCCCUUCCAACGCUGCUCUCUGCCUCUCCGACAUCAUCGGCCCCCCUUUGCUUCUCCCGCAAUUGUCCAGUCAGCCAUGGCAUCGGUCGCUUGAUAGCGCACCCCCGAGAUUUCGAAAUGCCUGCCAGCCGAACCCACCAGAAUGGCGCCGCCCAGUUCAACCAGAAACUGAAGAACCUCUUCCGCAUCAACCUCAACAGCGGCGCCGACCGAGACCGGGAGAAGUCCUCCGCCGCCCACCUCCAAUCCUCCACAGAUGCAUCUCCCGCCCGUCCAGAGGCCCGGAGCAAGUUCGGCAGCAGCUUCUUCAAAGGCACUGUUGGCCGAUUGAGGACAAACACCACCGCCAGCGAAGGCAAUCCCCUCGACGAGGCUCUCAGUCCGACCGCGCACGCGAACCCGUACUUUGUUCACCAGGGCCAGCCGGGCCUCCGCCACCACAAUAACGAAUCCGUGCCCCCCAGUCCUCCAGAUACCCCCAACUUCAAGAUUCAAGGUCCUGAUGGCGGCCCGGAACAGCAGACCACGAGCGCCGGCAGGGAGGAAUUGGCUCGGAAACUUAGGAGGGUUGCCAGCGCCCCCAAUGCUCAGGGCCUGUUCUCCAAGGGAAAGGGCAGCGCCGAGCGUCCGGCCACCGCCGAGCUGAGCAAGGACCCGCUGGUGCUCGACAAGGACUCGGGCACUCUCGAGAUGGUCGAUCCGUCCAAGGUUAACGGUUCUGCCGGACAUGGUCUUGGCGUCCCUGACAAGGACGUUCUCGGCAACCUGCCGCCCCCGAAUCGCAACAGCCUCGCCUUCAGGAGGACAUACAGCUCCAACUCGAUCAAGGUUCGCGACGUCGAGGUCGGCCCCCAGAGUUUCGACAAGAUCAAGUUGAUUGGUAAGGGAGACGUUGGCAAGGUCUAUCUGGUCCGCGAGAAGAAGAGCAGCCGGCUCUACGCUAUGAAAGUGUUGAGCAAGAAGGAAAUGAUAAAGCGGAACAAGAUCAAACGUGCACUCGCCGAGCAAGAAAUUCUGGCCACGAGUAACCAUCCUUUCAUCGUUACGCUUUACCACUCGUUCCAAUCUGAGGACUACCUGUACUUGUGCAUGGAAUAUUGCAGUGGUGGAGAGUUCUUCCGGGCGCUGCAGACUCGCCCUGGCAAGUGCAUCCCCGAGGAGGAUGCGCGGUUCUACGCCGCCGAGGUCACUGCGGCCUUGGAAUAUCUGCAUCUGAUGGGUUUCAUCUAUCGCGACUUGAAGCCAGAGAACAUCCUGCUCCACCAGUCGGGCCACAUUAUGCUUUCGGACUUUGACUUGUCUAAGCAAUCCGACCCUGGUGGAAAGCCCACCAUGAUUGUCGGCAAGACGGGUACCAGCACCACGUCAUUGCACAUCGACACCCGAUCAUGUAUCGCCAACUUCCGCACCAAUUCAUUCGUCGGCACAGAAGAGUACAUCGCACCGGAGGUCAUUAAGGGUAGCGGCCACACUAGUGCGGUGGACUGGUGGACCCUGGGUAUCUUGAUUUACGAGAUGCUCUACGGCACUACCCCCUUCAAGGGCAAGAACCGGAACGCGACCUUUGCAAACAUCCUGAGAGAAGACAUUCCCUUUCCCGACCAUGCGGGGGCACCGCAAUUAUCCAAUCUUUGCAAGUCCCUGAUUCGCAAGCUUCUCAUCAAGGACGAGAACCGGAGAUUAGGCGCCAAGGCCGGCGCCUCGGACAUCAAAGCGCACCCCUUCUUCAAGACGACCCAAUGGGCCUUGAUUCGUCACAUGAAGCCGCCCAUUGUUCCCGUCACAGGGCGUGGCAUCGAUACUGUCAAUUUCCGCAACGUCAAGGAAAGCGAAAGCAUAGAUCUCAGCGGCUCCCACCCGAUGCAAGCCAGCCUUAAGGGAGUUCCCCUGGAUAGCGGCCUGGCUACUCCUGGCGGCGAGGUUGCUGUGGACCCCUUUGAGGAAUUCAACAGCGUUACCUUGCACCAUGAUGGCGACGACGACCAUCACCACUCGCAGCAGAACGGCCAAUAUCAACACCACUCAUGAUUCUCGGUGGCGGUUCAUCGGUGAUGCGGUGUAUAUGGUCCUUUGCCAACAGGCUUUAAAAUGAUUCGUGACUGCCGGGGGAUCGUUCAAGAAGAAGUGACAACUUUCUUCAGAGUGUAAGAGUUACGGUUUUUGGACCGACGGUACCUACAGCCACGGACUAUCAUUUACAAGCGACGAAAUUGGAAGAGACACACGAUAGUUUACGAGACGCGCGAAGAGGAGAGCGAGCGAACGAACGAACAAAAAUCCCGAGUCUGGGAGUCGAGGAACCAUUUGGCUUACACAAAUGUUGUUCCACAACCCCUCGCGGUGCCUCCCCCUUUGGGAUUCUCACGAAAAAGAUCAACCAGCAGCAUAUGGUCUCUGUGGCUUCAUUAUUGGGAGUUUCUUGCUGUUUAUUUUCGUCUUGCUUUGACCUGUCCUUUGUAUUUCGUUUCUUUACCACGGGAACCCCAGGCGUUUUUGAGUUUGGGAAACGAAUUUUUUGUUUCUUUACAAAGAGGGAAUGACAGGGGAAGAGUGCGCGCAGAGUGAGGGUUGAGGAAGGAGAAUUGUCGAAGGCUUCUGUGCGAGUGCUUUCUCGGACCGUUUGCGGUGGUUGACUGAAAAAAUAAACCCAUCCCCUGCGCGGGGGGGUGUGCUGAAAUAUCUUGGCUUUGCCGUCAUUGACAAUCCAAAAGAAACGAAAAAAAAAGCUUGAAGAAGAACCCAUGCAGUAUAUUGUGCGUCUCUCGCCCCGGAUCGUUGCGAGGCACAGCAUUAAUCGUGGGGUGUUGCACGGUCGGUUAGGUUGAGAGAAUACGCGAGUCUGUGUCUUCGCUCAUCAUGCAGGCCACGGAUUGUAAUUCAAAUCUCAUCAAGGCAGCAAAUUCAUCUCUGAUUGGCAGGCAAACCACAUUUCACAAUAAGCGGGAGUGGAGGGUUGUUCUUCUGAGUAGAUGCCUCGCUCGAGGGGGCAUGUUUCUGUAAUUCGCUUCC